ACUCGCUUUGUCCUCAUCUCUGACACGCAUGGUCAUCCACCUCCUCCUGAGUUCAUGCCACCGGGGGAUGUACUGUUGCACGCUGGGGAUCUGAGUAGGUGGGGCAAGGAACGGGUGCUAGAAGAAGCAGUAGAGUGGCUCGUCCAGCUCCAGUAUCCUGUCAAGCUGGUCAUAGCAGGAAACCAUGAUUCUCUAUUAGACGAUUCGCUCCCUCCGUCACAUCAGCCCUCCUCCCCAUCUGCCGUCACCCACUUCCGACAACUUCUUACCUCCCCGCGAGCCCGAAAGGCAAAUAUCCACUACCUGCAGUACUCAUCCUAUACCUUUUCCCGCCCAGGGGGAAGGAAGUGGACCGUCUGGGGCUCGCCUGGUUCCCCAGCUUUCGGCACACCGGCAUUCCAGUACGCACCCUGGGAAGCGGCAGCGCUCUAUGCUCGCAUGCCCGAGGAAGUGGACAUCCUCUUGACUCACACUCCCCCGUUAGGGGAAGGCACGCUAGACCUGACGAGCAAGGGUGUGCAUGCUGGAUGCCCGGAGCUGGCUAGACGUGUGAAGGGUAUGGCGAGGGGACCGUGGAUGCACGUCUUUGGGCAUAUACACGAGGGCUGGGGUUGGGAUGUAUGCUCCCCAGAAACGGUCAGGCAGGAAAGGGAGGAAGUGGAGAAGGAGCGAGAGAUGGGGAGUGGGAUGGGAAAAGGAAAGAAAGGGAGGAGAGGGAAAUGGCAUAAGAAGAGCCCCUCUGUUGAGCUGGAGGCCUCGUUAGCUGAUCUCAGCAUCUCGACAUCAACCUGGCGAGCAGGGCAUUCCCGCUCUCCUUCCGCACCGGCUUCGCUCCUUCCACCUCUUCCUGUCGCAGCAACCACAGCGCCUAGUGAGGAAGUAAAAGACCGCUGGGGCCUGUCGGUCAACGCUGCCCUCGGUCGAAUGCAUUCGGAUGGUCACACGAAGAAAGGGCCCCGAGCACCUAUCGUGGUUGACUUCUGGGAGGAGGCGAUGGAUCUGGAACGAGCUCCUUC